AAUUUGGUGGUUGCAAGUUUGCAACUCCAUUUUCUAUUUUCACGUUUAUGUGAGUUGUCCCUUCAAGAAAACAAAUUGUUAUGUGAGUUGGAGCCUACCCAUUUGACUGAAAUGUCUAUAUAAUGGACAGGCAAUUCAUUAAUACUUCAUCUGUCUUCUUCACUCUUCUAUGUGUUCCAAUUGGAGGGCCUAGAUACCACAAGUUCACAAUCCUCUGGUCUUUCCUCUCUCUCUCUCUCUCUCUCUCUCUCUCUCAGAUGGGUUCAAUCAAACCGGAAGUAUCUCAAGAGGUUCUGCCAUACCUCAUAGAAUACAAAGAUGGAACCGUGGAGAGGCUAGUGGGAACCCAAGUGACCCCGCCGGGCUCCGACCCUCAGACCGGCGUGGUUUCGAAAGACGUAUUGAUCGUACCGGAGACCGGCGUCUCCGUCCGCCUCUACCGCCCUAUCGACACCCCGAAAGACAAGAAACUCCCCCUGGUGGUUUACUUCCACGGCGGGGCGUUUUGCAUAGCGACCGUUGGGGAACCCUUGUACCACAACUCUCUCAACAUACUGGUUGCUAAUUCCAAUGUCGUCGCCGUCGCCGUCGACUUCCGGAACUCCCCGGAAUUCCCUCUUCCGGCCGCCUACGAUGACUCGUGGGCCGCCCUCGAGUGGGUGGCCUCACAUGCCGCCGGUGGUGGCUCUGAGGUUUGGCUCAAUGAAAAUGUUGACUUUGAUAAAGUGUACUUGGCAGGGGACAGUGCAGGUGCAAAUAUUUCACACCACCUGGCAAUCCGGGCCGGGUCGAUCCGGAUUGACGGCCUCAAAUUCCACGGUAUCUUGAUGAUCCAGCCCUACUUUUGGGGGGAAAAACCGAUCGGGUCUGAGGUCACGGACACCGUGAGGAAGGGUAUGGUGGACAUUUGGUGGCGGUACGUUUGCCCGAGCGACAAAGGGUGCGACGACCCGCUUAUCAACCCGUUUGCGGACGGAUCCCCGCUCCUUUCGGGUUUGGCGUGUGACCGGGUCAUUGUUUGUGUUGCCGAGAAGGACAUAUUGAGAGAUAGAGGGGUGCUUUACUACGAUGCAUUGGUGAAGAGUGGAUGGGGAGGAAAAGUGGAGUUUAUGGAAGUUGAAGGGGAGGAUCAUGUAUUUCAUCUAUUUAAUCCCACUUGUGAGAAGGCUAUGAACAUGAUCAAAAGGCUGGCUCGUUUCAUAAACGAAGAGAGUGAGAUUUGAUGGACCGGAGGCGUGCUGUGUUGGUAGCGCGGCCAUUCGAGCAGUUCGUUCGGCGAUCCAAUGGUUCAAAUUUUAUCUCGACGAUGAACGGUCGAAAAUGUUGGGAGCAUGUUUGUAGUAUGAAUUUCUAUUUGCUUUUGAGUGUUGCUUUCUAAGUAUGCACAAAAAUAAGACAAGAAGCACUUUGAAGGAGUCAGAUUGAUCAUGUUUUCGCUUUCAUCAAUCAAUCAAAGUGUAACUUUUAUUUUGUGUUGUUUGAUUUGUCAGUGGGGUUCUUUUUCCAGACGCAUCGUGAUUUGUGAUGGGUUUUUCAAUAGAGCCUAUAAAUCCAAUAUAACUUUGCGUUUUUU